AUGCGUUCUGGUGCCUCUGGGGUCGAAGACCACGUCAAAUAUAUUCGCCGGUUGCUCGCCCUGAACGCCGAGUACUUGAAGACGCAUAACAUCGGUCCAAAGGGAGGUCUUAUGGAUCCUGCCACCCCUGUGGAGUUGCUCUCAAUGUUGGCCACAGUCAUAGGCGAUAGCAUCAACCUGUAA